AUGGGUAACUCGAAUAGGAGGGAGACGAAUAAGAAGGAAGAUGAAGAGGAGGAGGAUGAUUUAGGGAAGGUGAGUGAGGAGGAAGGGGGGGGUGAUGAUAGAAGAGGCGAUCCGAAGGGUCGUAGCGAGGGAGUCGAAGUGAAGGGUAGGGGACUCCUGGACGAGAGCCUAGUCAACAUCUUCUUCUAUGAGAACUACUUUAAGAAUUUCUUCAAUUUGAACGAAAUUAACAAAUUCGGUUUUACGGCGAAUACCGCCAAGGGGGUAGGUGAGGUGGAGGUGGAGGCAGAUGGGGAGGACAAAGCCACAAAUGAAGAAACGGUAAAGAUUAGGAAUAACAGGAAGAUCGAAGAGAUGACCCUCCACAAUAAUAGGUACAUUGACCUCUCCGAUGUUAACUACAUAUAUAGGAAGGUUAGGAAGUCGAAGAGGUACAUUGCGUCCGACCAGGUGGAGACGUGCCUGAGGAAUUAUUUGUACCACAUCGAUAGGAGGAAGUUCCCCAUUUGGAAGGAACCCCUGGGGGGAGGAGCGGCAUCAGCGGAGGAGGCAAGACGCACAAGCGACAUGGGAGACGCGAGAGACGCGGACACCUUGGAGGAGGUCGAGCCGCAGAGACGCCUGAAGGGACACCUGAGCGAAGUGAAAACAGGGCGAAGGAGCAAAACGAAAGGGGAGGGAUGCCCGCGCAAAAGGAAAAAGAACGUACCCCACAGGGUGAAGAUAGAAGAGGACAAAGUUACGCUCAGGCGGAAGAGCACGUUGGGUAGGAAGUACGACGAAGGAUUUUGCUUGUACAGCUCGGGCAGAAGUUAUCGUCGUGCGAGGAGGAAGGGGGUGGACAGGGGGGACACCGCGGAGAAACACGCGGAAAAACACGCGGAAAAACCUCACGAUGAAGCUUACCCGCGCGGGAGUGUCGACACAGCCCAGUUAAGCCAAAACGGAGACGUGGCGGGGACGGGCCUGGACUCCCCGCUGAAGAGCGAAACGGGGAAGAGAAAAAGCGACAACUCUUCCUACGCGGUGUAUAUUAAGAAGACCCUUUCGAAGGUAUUUAACAAGUACGAAAUAAAUCGGUACGGGCUGGUGAGGAAGAAGAAGGGCAGCAUGUUGUUGGGCCAUCUGCUUAAGGAGAAGAAGGAGCAAAUGAACAUGGGGAUUUCCUUCUCCCCAGCGGGGUUGUUAAUACCAUACCAUUUAGGAGUGAGCAGUUUGUUAAUAGAAAAGAAUAUAAUAAACAUGCACACGAGUAUAGCGGGUUCAUCGGCAGGAAGCAUCUGCGCCUGUUGCUUGGGUAUCGGCUUGAGGGUCGACAAGUGCUUUUUUCUAAUUGAAAAUAUUAUUAGCAAUGUGUAUAAGAAUGGGUGCUACCAGAAGUUGCAAAAUGUGCUGGACGUGGAGCUGAACAAGUAUCUCUAUUCUGGGAGCUACAACUUCUUAAACAAACGAAAUGGAAGCGUCUUUGUAGGCAUCACGCAGAUACUCCCCUACUAUAAGAGGCUAAACAUUACGAAGUUUUACGAUGACAAUGACUUAAUCAACGCAGUGAUCGCUUCGUGUAACAUUCCUAUGUACCUCUCCAACAACAUUUUUGUGAAUUUUAGAAAUAAAAAAUGUAUUGAUGGAUUCUUCAGCACGAAGAAGAAGGAGUUUGGGUGUCCCAAUACGAAGACCGAGCGCAUGGUGAAGGUAUCUCCCUUCGACUCUGACUAUGUAGGCAUUGAAAACAAGAACAACAGCGUUAUAAGCCCCCAUAUGGUUAAGUACCGGCACUUGAUUUUUCUCUUUUUGUGUGUAAAGAAUUUGUUUCACCGGGUUGUGGACAACGUGUGGGUGGAGAAGGACUACUCGUUUCUGGUUCGCCGGUUGAAGCGGGUCAUGGAUUUGAGGGUCUUCUCCUGGGAGGAGUUCCUGCGGGAUUACUUUUGCGCCCCGGGGGGGGGUGCGGCGAUUGGCGGGGGUGGAGGUAUAGGCGGUCUAGUAGAUCUAAGCGAUCCAGGCAGUCCCAACCCCCCCUGCGAGGCGGCCCCCUCCGAACUGCUGCGCCUCCUGGAAGAGAAGCUCGACCAGUUCCGCUGCACACGUGGGAGUGCCGCCGCGAGGGAGCUCUUCCUGCGGGUGAACCGGGAGGCCCUCGCGCAGUUCGAUCGGCACAACUGCAAGGGGUACAGUUUUUACAGCUUCUCCGUGACGCUGAUAAAUGUGAUGAGCGCCUACUUCGAGGAGAACUUCUGCGUAAGUAGGCGGUUGAGGGUGUUGGUGCGGCAAGGCGGGGGGGACGCAGUAGAGGGGGAGGGGGAAAAGGGAGCGGUAACGGGAGCGGUAACGGGAGAGAAAAACGGAGCGGUAAAGGGAGAGAAAAACGGAGCGGUAAAGGGAGAGGACCCCCGACUGGAAAAGCUUUUCCACCUCCUGGAAAAAAAGCAACUGCUCAGGAUGGAGGAGUACAUACGAUUUCACCCCCUGCUGGAGAGCGAAGUCAUUUUGUUUUUCUUCAAGGAGCACUUCGCCAAUGAGAGCAUCGCGCGGCUGGAAAAGAGGUUCCUAAAGAGGAGCAUCCACCAGCUGCUGGACGCGUUGAAGGAUAUCUGUUUUGUGGAUUGCCUGGAGAGGUGCGUGCGGAGGUUACUUCGCGUGGGUUGCGGCGAUGAGAAGAGUGGGGGUGAUGAGAAGAGUAGGGGUGAUGGGAAGAGUAGGGGUGAUGGGAAGAGUAGGGGUGAUGGGAAGAGUAGGGGUGAUGGGAAGAGUAGGGGUGAUGGGAAGAGUAGGGGUGAUGGGAAGAGUAGGGGUGAUGGGAAGAGUAGGGGUGAUGGGAAGAGUAGGGGUGAUGGGAAGAGUAGGGGUGAUGGGAAGAGUAGGGGUGAAGGGAGGUUUGUUUUGUCUGGUUCGACGGGGGAGACCCCUGGAGAGGACUUCCCCCCCCGCGUAAAAGUGAUCACCCAUUAUUUGAAGCACAGCCAGAUUUACAAAAACUUCCUUUACAUACUCAACGAAAUAAAAGCGGCGAACGGGAGAGUCGUUAAGGUGAGCGAGCACAACUACUACAGCUUUAUGUGUUUGAACGGGGAGGACAUGGGCGAUUGUUACCUCUUUUUGUACCUCUACGUGUACGCCAAUUUGAGUCACCGGGAGUUGUUCGCCCGGACGGGGGGGCGGGGCGCCAUCAGCGGUGCAAGCGGUUUAAGCGGUGUUAGAGGCGUCAGCGGUGUGAACUGUGUAAGUGGAGUAAGCUGUGUAAGCGGUGUAAGUGGCCUAAGCGGAGGUGAUAGCUGCGUCUGUGGAAACUGCAUCUGCGGGGCGGUCGCCGCCAAGCUGCCAGGAAGAACACCCCCCCUCAGUGAAGGCAACAACUGUGGUGAAGCAGCUCCGUGGGGGUACAUACCCAGGGGGGAUGACAUGUUGGCAAAGCAUAUCGCACAGAAGAGAGAAGACCCGGUGGCGAACGCGAGUCAGGAGCCGCGAACGGUGAGCUUAACGCAAAGAUUUUCGGAGCUGUGGACGGUUAGGAGGCGCAGUGGAGAGGAGGGUGAAGAGGGGGAGGAGGAGAAGAAGAAUCACACGGUGAAUCGUACGGCGAAUCGUGCGGCGAAUCGUGCGGCGAAUCGUGCGGCGAAUCGUGCGGCGAAUCGUGCGGCGAAUCGUGCGGCGAAUAGUGCGGCGAAUCGUACGGCGAAUCGUACGGUGAGGCACUCCGACCAGGUUAGUCCUGCGAGCCAUGUUAACCUGUUCAUGAGAAAGGGGGACGAUCUGGCAGUGGGUAGCACUCGCGCGCACUACGUCAGGAGUCACAGCGAAACGGGCAGCAAGUUGGGGGAGCAUCCAGCGGGUGAGAGUGCAGCGGGGGAGCGUCUAAGAGAGGAACCGUGCCAAAUGCACGAGGUGCGCAACUCUCUGGGGGGACAACCAACAGACGAUGUGCAUAAACACAGAGUGAUGGGUUACUCCUUUUUUAAGAAGGUGGAGAGUGAGGAACGAUCUGUGGGGGAAGAACCCCAACUGAGUUGUGGCCAUAACUGCCAAUUUGAGAAAGACCCUCCUCAGGGGCUGGACAAUUUGCUCAUUUUUAACCUUGACUGUGGGGUCAUUAACAAAGUGGACGAGUUUGUGAAGGCAAAUUGGAGCAAAAUAGCCGCCCUGAAUGAGCAGCGGAGGAGUGAAAUCAACUCGCACCUACACGAAAUGGAUCAGCUCUACAGAGAGAUGCUCUUUUUGCAGCGAUUCGUGUUUUCUAUUAAUUUUUCCGAGCAGACCAAGUAUAAGUUUUUGCGGAAGGGGAGGAGAGGCGCGGGGGCAGCUGGGUUAGCGAGUCCACCCGGAUUAGCCGCCGGAGCGGAGGAAACCAAGUGGGAAAGCCCCACGAAGGAGGAGGCAACAGGGGAGGGGGCGCCACCCAAAGAGAGAGUGAAGACCCCAGGUGGGCAUAGAGCAGGAGGGGAGGGGCAGCAUAAAACGAUCUGCACGAGCAUCGAAGAAAUGUUCGUCUACGGCUCGAUGGAGGGGAAGAUCUCCGGCGUUGGGAAUGUUUCCACACAGAGGGGUCAUAACAAGGUGAUGGAAGGCACGGUAAAAAGGGUGUCUCCAAAAGGUGAAGAGGAUUGGACCCAGAGGAGAAGGGGAUCUGAUAUCCUUCCCGAGAGAGUCUCCUCUACGAAGCAGAUGCGAACAGAAACGACGAUGCAUGAUGGCUCCCCAGAUAACUUCGUGGAUGAUGUGGAGACAAAAGUAGACAAAAAAUUAUAUGACAAUGAUCGGACGUAUUUUGUGAAGAAUGUUUUUUCGAUGAGGAAGUUACUGAAGAUGGCAUUGGAAGGAGCGCACGAUAAGGUGAUUAGAAAAAUUUAUGAUUUGGGUCGGAGUGACACCUACCUGUGGCUAUACAACGAAUACUUGAACGUUUGCAUUUUUUGCUUUAAGAAGGUGCACCAUUCAUAUGUUAAGUUACUUUCUGUGUUUGAGUCUCUGCUUGGGAUUACCAGUGUGGGCAAGCGGAGGAGGAGGAAGCAGGACGUGGCGGCUAUGCUCGGCUCCGUGGAGAAGUUUGUCCUUUACGUGAACGGCAGGGCGUUUAACGUGUUCGAGCUGUGCAGUUUGGUGUACCAGCGUUUUGGGGGUAGCGGCGGGGGAGUGGCAGCAGGGGGGGCCACGCAGACGACAGUCGUAGCAGCGAUAGAUGCGGUGGAUGCAAUGGAGGAACCCGCGCGCGACGCCGUUCGGAGGAGGUCCUCCCGCUGCGCUGUUCACAGGGAGAGGUGGGGAGGGGAGAAACUGGAAGCGAAGGAAGAGGCGAAACGGGAAGGGAAUGAAGAAGCGACGGAAGUAGCGAAGGAAGGCAACACUUCCGAUGCGUCAUUAGCUAAGCGCGAGAGGCAGCGCAUCCCUGAAGGGGCGCCCCUACAGUCUCUUCCCCCCAACUGUCCUUUGGAAGAUGCAGCGACAUGCAACGGCCUUCACCUUUCCAGGAAGGGCAAACGGGGGAGUGGCCGCCUCAAGAGAAGAGGCAAAGGAAAAGGGAAGGGAAAUGAGAAAAUGAGAAGCGUCAGCGGAGGAGAGAAGGAGAACCUCCCACAGCAGAGUAGCAGCAGUCGAAAGGUAGUCAGGGGCUACCACCCAGGUAGGGUCCCCAAAACGAAGCAAAAGAGAGGCACCCAAACAGGUCCAAAGGGGGGGAAGCCAAGAAGAAGCAUAAGCCUGCCGGUGGAUCUCCACAAAACCGUUUUGAAGAUGCACCAUUUGAAGGGGAAAAUAAAAUUAAAUAAAAACAUCAUUGAGGGGAUUAAUAGGGAGAUAUUGACUGGCACUCCGUAUGAGCACAUCUACACGCACUCGAACUUUUGGAUCUACUCCUCGUCCGAUGAGAGUGAUGGAAGGAAUCUUUGCGGCAACGGGUUCUACCUGAACAGUGUAGAUGCAACGGGUUCUUGGUUUGAUUCUGUGUUUGACGACCUGUCGGAUGAGGCGGAUGGCUUCUCCAAGAUUUCCAAUUUCUUCAGGACCUUCAGGAACAUGGACGGGAACUUGGGCCUCUCUGGCUACUUCGGCUUCUGA